AACAUCACAUUCAACUAUAAAAAAAUUCAACUAUCUUUCUAAACCCACAAAAAAAUUCUUCUAACAAAAUUCUACAAUUAAAAAAACCUACCUCCCAAACAUCCGCUCUAUAAAAUCAGUUUGUGGUAUAUAAUUGUCUACUUUCAAGUUUUGACUCCUCUCUGUCUCUCUCUCUCUCUCUGUCGCUGUGACGGACACACAGAACAACAAUGGGAGCAACGGUGUCUAGUUUGCUUGGAGGAGGAGGAGACUCUGCAAACGCCGACAACUCUUCCGCAACGUCCUCGGAGCCAUCUCGCGUCAUCCCAUUUCACUCAUCCAACAGUUGGCAGCUCCACUUUAAUGCCUCUAAACAAACCUCAAAGCUCAUGGUGGUGGAUUUCUCUGCGUCGUGGUGUGGGCCCUGCAAGCUCAUGGAGCCGGCAAUCCACGAGAUGGCCGACAAGUUCACCGACGUCGAGUUCCUGAAGAUCGAUGUCGAUGAAUUGUCCGAUGUGGCGGAGGAGUUUGGGGUGGAGGCGAUGCCGACGUUCGUGUUGGUGAAGCAAGGGAAGGAGGUCGACAGAGUCAUCGGGGCCAAGAAGGAUGAGCUGGAGAAGAAGGUUGAGAUGCACACUGAACCAGAAUUUGCUGCUUCGUCUAUUAAGUACUGUAAUAAUCAUCUCUCACUUUGCUUAGAGUACCUAUAACUUUAACAAAGAUUUUUGCAGAUGAACACACAAAUUGUGAUGAUGGUCGUGUUAACCAUGUCUACUGUUUUGUGAGGAGAACUAGUAGCACUUUCACUUCAAUUGACAGUGGAUAAUACUGUAAAUAUAGAAUUAUUACACACAAAAUUCAUAGAAAAUGUCAUGAUCAUUUUUGGUCUUUCCAUUUCAAAUUAGAACACAAAAUGUCAUUGUUAUUAUUCUGAAUGUAUUCUAUUUGCUCCUAUAAAAAAAAUUUAUUUAUGAA